GCGAUGUAAUCUGAAGAUAGGAGCAGUCGGACUGGGCGAUAAGAGCGCGUAACUCAGCAGUGCAAACGCGGCGUGAUAAGAAAGGACACGCCCGGCCACGGAACAGAGCGACAAUGGCUGCGGUGUGGCGUUCCUCUUUGACCGCUACGACAGCCCUGCUGCUGCCGCUGCUGCUGCUGCUGGAAUCUUGUGUGGGCGGCGGAGCGCCCGUGGUGCGGACUCGCCAGGGCGCCGUCAGGGGGACCGCCAAGCUGUCCAGCAGUGGGCGCCACACGCUGGCCUUCUACAACAUCCCCUUCGCGAAGCCGCCCGUUGGGCCAUUGCGAUUUAAGAGUCCUGAACCCCCUGCAGCGUGGGAACACAUCCGUGAUGCCACAACUCCUGGGCCUUCGUGUUCACAGUUGUCAUUAGAUGGACUGAAGGGAUCCGAAGACUGUCUGUACCUUAACGUAUUCACGCCAGAGUUGAGGCCUAAGGAGCUCCUUCCAGUAAUGGUAUGGAUUCACGGCGGUGGUUUUAUGGAAGGCAGUGCCACAACCUAUGAAUAUGGAUAUCUUAUGGACUACGACGUAGUUGUUGUCGCUAUUAACUACCGUCUUGGUCCACUCGGCUUCCUGAGUACAGGCGAUGAGGCUUCUCCGGGUAAUUAUGGCUUCAAGGACCAGGUGGCGGCGCUUAGAUGGGUUAAAGAGAACAUCGAAGCGUUCGGCGGCGAUCCUGGGAGCGUCACCAUCUUUGGAGAGAGCGCUGGUGGUGCCAGCACUCACUACCUCAUGCUGUCUCCGCUGGCCAAAGGUCUUUUCCACCGGUCGAUAUCCCAGAGCGGCGUAGCGCUAUCGCCAUGGGCAAUUUCUGAGACAGGAGGGGAGCGGAAUGCGCGGAAGUUGGCUGCACUGGUUGGAUGUCCAGUAGAGCCCAGUGCAGCGCUGGUCGAUUGCCUCAGGAAUGUAGACGACUAUAAACUUGCUGGGCCACAGCUUCAAUUUGCGGAGUGGGGCAUGUAUGCUCCUCUCAUGCCAUUCCAGCCAGUUGUGGAGGCUGAUGGACAGGACGCGUUUCUCCCCAGACAUCCAGCUCAUCUGGCACCCCACACUGCUGUCCCCUGGUUAGUAGGGGUCACUAAAGAAGAAGGAACAUUCUUCGCAGCAGCAAUAGUCGGAAACGACACAAUGAAGCAAGAGUUACUGCAGGAGAGGAAGAGGUUGUUUCCUUUAGUGUUAUCUUACGACGCGUCGCCGCAAGCGGACUUUAUAACCGAGAAAAUUAACGACUUCUACUUCCCGUCUGGAGAGAUUACUCCAGGCAAACUAACUGAAUUAUUUUCGGAUGCCUUCUUUGUCUGGAACACUGAUGAAGGUAUUAGGAAGUACAAAGACACAGCUCCGGUCUAUUAUUAUCUCUUCUCAUAUAAAGGGAAGCUGCGGAUACAUCAUAUGAUGGGAAUACAAGAAGAUUUCGGUAUCUGUCAUGCAGAAGACUUGUUAUACUUAUUCUCAAACAACACAUAUCUUCCAAUAAUUGGCGAGAGGCCCGAGAACGACAUGCAGAUGGUUAAAGUCAUGACUAAAUUGUGGACGGACUUCGCAAGAACUGGAAAUCCAACGCCAACUGACGAGCUAGUGCAUUGGCCAAGAGUGACUUCUGAUGACCUGUUGGAAUACCUGGAUAUAGGCCAGACACUGCAGGUGAAGAAAGGGCUCUUCCAAGAGCGAGUAGACUUCUGGAGAUCGCUGCCUCUCAGAGAAACACAGCAGCAGAGCAAAGUCAGAGAGGAACUCUGAUUUUAGAUAAAAUGGACGCCGAUUUUACACUAAAAUUUUCUUAGACAAGACUAUGUACAAAAUGUUUAAUGUUCUGUUUGUUGUUCUCUUUGAAUGUACAUACCACUCUCUUCAAAGAAUUAUCAAAUGCCUACAGAAAAUGAUAAAUUUGUUAAUGUUUGUUUAUUUAUAGGAAAUACGAAUUCUCUAAAGGUGAACUAAUUCGACCUGAUAGGCACUGUAAUUAUAAUGAUAACAGAGAACGUUGAAUUAUUCCCUGGAAAAAGUCAAUGCUAUGGAUCCCAUUGAAACUCUGCUACGAAAGUGUAUGUUUUGAUGUUCUGAUGUAAGGAUAUUCUGUAUUAAAAAUAAUGAAAAUUCAA